CUCUUCCACCCAGGGCCCGGAAGGGUGAUGUGGCUGGGGUUUCGCCGGCCUCACUAUGUCUGCCAUUUUCAAUUUUCAGAGUCUGUUGACUGUAAUCUUGCUGCUUAUAUGUACCUGUGCUUAUAUCCGAUCCUUGGCACCCAGCCUCCUGGACAGGAAUAAAACUGGGUUGUUGGGUAUAUUUUGGAAGUGUGCCAGAAUUGGUGAACGGAAGAGUCCUUAUGUUGCGGUAUGCUGUAUUGUGAUGGCCUUCAGCAUCCUCUUCAUACAGUAGCUUGGAAAAAUGCCAGAAUUCAGUUGCAAUCAGAUUUAAAUAUGAAAAGAAAAGGACUUACCUGCAGAAAAUAAUGGAAAGAAUGGUUAACCCUUUUAUCUCUGAACAUUGAAUGAGAUAAAUUUUCAGCUGCUGUUCUCUAUUUUUGUUAUUGGACCAAUGUUAUAUAUAAAUAAUUAGGAUGUAACCAUUUAAUACUCAGAGUUUAAAUAUGUCUGUAACAAUCAACCUCAGUACUGUCACUACAAUAUUACAUUCUGCAUAUGUCAUUCUAUUGUGUCAGAUACCAGUUUUUAGUGAGGUAUUUUUAAGGCACAUAGGAAAACAAAAUCGGUAAAUUAGUUAAGUUCCUUUCACCGUGAUUUGGAAACGAUAAAUCUUUAUAGAAUGAGACUUUUUGGACUAGCUUUUUUAUUGAAAAAAAAAAGGUUCAAUUCGUGUUGGCAAUGACUGCAUUCAUAUUUAAUAAUGCUUGCUUUUCUCUGGCCACAUCAUUUUGAGCAUUAACCAGAAUACCUCUACUGUUAGCAAACUGUAGUUUAUUGCAGGUAUUUAAACUAUUUAACACAAGCCUAUGCAGUUCUUAAGGAGGAAAAUAAAUGAGAAGUGACUUAAGAGUGCCAUUGAGAAAAUGUUCCUACUUACCAUAAAAGAAUUCAGAAUACCUGACUGGUGUUAUCGUCUCUGAAACCUCUGGUUAAGUAUGGAUAAAUGUCUUAAGCAUAAAUUUGACCAGCUAACUGUCAUUUUUGGAAUAAGACUACAUGCUUAGAGUAAAAAAGAGCUAAACAGAAUGAUAAUCUUACAUGCGUCUUUCAUUCUUUUUAGUGUUAGGUCUCUACAUUUUAAUUACCCCAAAAUGCAAACUGUGGUAUUUGUUUUGUUUUCUUUUGUGUUUUUUUGCGGUACACGGGCCUCUCACUGCUGUGACCUCUCCCGUUGCGGAGCACAGGCUCCAGACGCGCAGGCUCGGCGGCCAUGGCUCACGGGCCCAGCUGCUCCACGGCGUGUGGGAUCUUCCCGGACUGGGGCACGAGCCCGUGUCCCCUGUAUCGGCAGGCAGACUCAACCACUGUGCCACCAGGGAAGCCCUGUGUUUUUGGUUUUUAAUACAGCACUUUAAAUCUAGUUUAUGUUUUAUUUAUCAACUUGAACUGGAAUCUUGUGUAACUUACUACAUGAUGAUAAACAGUUUUCACAUUUACUUACCAUAUGCCAUGGUAUAAAUGUCUUUGAGCUUUGAUGAUAAAGGAGGACCUUCAGUAAUUUUCAUUGAGGCAAGAGGAACAUUGGAAAUGUGACUUAUAAAUUUUGUAGUAGAGCAGUUGUUACACAUUUAUGGUUAACAUUUCAAAAUUCAGUUAAGUUUCAAAGCAAAGGAGAACUUCUUAACUAAAAAUUGCCCAUUAUACAUAGUAUUAAUUAGAUAUUGUUGUCAGCUGUUAAUUCCCCAUAAAGGUAAAAAGAAUAAACUUUUUUCUA